UUAAGAUCAGUCAUGUGCCCCCGUGGUCUGACGAAAGUUCACUCCAAUCUACUGCAACCAGAAGGUCUCUACGUGGAACAGUUGGCCUACGAUCAUGUCCAAAGUCGAUACUGGCGCGGCUCCUCCUCAGGAAGGCGACUGGCCACCAGGCUACGUCCCUGGCCAGGGCUUCACUGAAAGGCCUCGGGCCCAAGAACCGCAGAGCGUCGUCCCUCAGGAUCCCGCUCUCGAUCCUCCCCAAGAUACACCCAGCGAUGCGACCGCCGCCACCCUCAACGAUGCCCCCAAUGGCGUGUCUGGUCCAGAGCCAGCCGGCAAGAACAUCGUUCCCCUCGAGAAGCUCGACGUCAGGCCGCAGUGGGUACACUGCCCUCAAUGCAACCGGGACACGCAGACACGGGUACAGGGCCGCAGCGAGGGCAAGACCAAGUUUAUGAAUGUGUUCUGGUGGCCUCUGCCCAACCGCAGGCACUGGUGGGAGAAGACGCACUGGUAUUGCCUCAAGUGCGACAAGGAGCUCGCCAUGCAAAAGUACGGCAAGGAACUGCAGGUCACGGCGAACCAAGUCCAGAAAUGACCGAAGAUCCCCAUCGGGUCGGGGUAAGCAAGGUGACUUUGCACGGAGUAGCGAGACGGGGACGGUAAUUAUUGAAGAUACCAUAUCAUAGCGAUUUCGAAUUACCAUUUGCACUGGAAAGUUGCAAUUUCCCCCGCCCAAACUCAAGCAGCCGUCUUGUCUUGCAGCAUAUGAUCCCUCUUCUUCGCCUCGGUCAUUGUAAUGACAGCCCUCUCGUUGUUCUUCUUGCGCCUGUCCGUACUGACGGUGCAGGCCGCUGCGGUGAUAGCCAGGACGCCAAACGCAAU